AUGGGUUCCACGGGAGCUUCACAGAAGCAAUGGGUCAUGAAUGCAUUUGCCAUGAGCUCGCCUGGCCAUGUUGCAGCGGGCUUGUGGCGACAUCCUCAGAAUCGAUCUCAAGAAUACCUCAAUCUCGGCUACUGGAUCGAUCUGGCCAGAAUCCUGGAGGAAGGUAAAUUCAACGGCCUGUUCAUCGCCGACAUGCUGGGCAUUUACGAUGUAUACCAAGGCCCUGGCAACAUCAAUCCGGUUCUGCCUGGCGCGGCCCAAUUUCCCAUCUCCGAUCCAUUCCCUGCCAUUGCCGCCAUGGCGGCAGUGACCACGUCGCUGGCAUUCGGCAUCACCUCUUCGACGACCUACGAGCACCCAUUUGCACUGGCACGGCGGUUUUCCACUCUGGACCAUCUCACCAGAGGUCGCGUCGGCUGGAACAUCGUCACCAGUUACUUGGAGAGCGCGGCCAAGAACUUUGGCCUGGACACCCAGGUGCCCCAUGACACGCGGUAUGCCAAAGCCGAGGAAUACCUGAAUGUCACGUACAAGCUGUGGGAGGGCUCGUGGCGGGAUGAUGCGGUGGUGCAAGACCCGAAGACCAAGCAAUACACCGUUCCUGGUCGUGUCAGGCGCAUUGACCACGAAGGUGAAUGGUUCAAAUCUGCUGGGCCUCACACGGUCGAGCCGUCCCCACAGCGGACGCCCUUCAUCUUCCAGGCCGGCACGAGCUCGGCAGGCAAAGUCUUCGCUACCAAACAUGCCGAAGCCAUGUUUCUUCCUGGCAUGGAGCCACAUGUGACGAGGAAGGCGGCCGACUCGAUCCGCAAGCUUGCCGUGGAGAUUGGUCGCAACCCAGACAGCAUCAAACUGCUUGCCGGCAUCAUCAUCAUCGUGGACGAGACCGACGAAAAGGCACAGGCCAAGUACGAAGAAUACCUGUCCUACGCCGAUGACGACGGAACGCUGGCUUUGUUUGGAGGCUGGUACGGUGUUGACAUCUCGCAAUGGGGCGACGAUGAGGAUUUCCGAUUCGCCCCCGGGUUUCCAGGUGCGGUCCAGGGAAUGCUGGAAGCCUGGAGCUCUACCGUCCCCGGCGGAAAAAACAUCAAAUGGACCAAGUCACGCAUCGCCCGAGAACUGGCUCUGGGCGGUCCUCAUGCCAAAGCCAUCGGCUCUCCGGAGACGGUUGCAGAUAUACUGCAGCACUGGAUCGACGAGGCCAACAUCGAUGGGUUCAACAUCUCGUAUGCUAUUUCGCCCGGGAACUUCCAGGAUAUCAUCAAGUAUCUCUUCCCUGAACUCAGACGGCGUGGAGUGUUUUGGGAUGAUUACGCCGUUCCGGGAGGUACUGCGCGGGAGAACUACUCGGCGGAUGGCAAAGGGCCCAGGGUGCGAGCUGAUCAUCCUGCGUCCAGGUUCAGAUGGAGAGCGGGAGAAGAAGUGCCGGAAUAUGCCAAAGGUGAGGUCGACAGUGUGAAGUAG